AAGAACAUCGGUGAUUUUUCUUCGAAAAGGCCACCGAAGCGUCAAUUAAAUACACAAACAAACAAACAAACAACCUUGCGUGACGUAGCUCCGCCGCGCUUACGUACGACGUUGUCGUGCUGCCAUGGUAACGGGUGUAAACGGAGCAGCGCGCAGCCUGUGCGGUUCUAAAUCGUUGAACUGCUUUUACAUUUGCAAUGUCAGCCCAGCUAACAGGAGCAGACAUACUGCGAGUCUCUACGGUGCUGCAGGCCUGUGCUGACCAGCUGGCGGUGUUGGGCCACAUCAUGCCAGACACGUACAGGAGACGCCCAGAGGCUGAGAUGAGAGUGGAAGUAGACAUCGGUGUGGUCAUGGAGCAACAGAAGGCCGCUGAGCAUCACUUGAAGGCUGCCCGAGGUCAGGCAGAGACGGCUGACCUGUCGGAGGCUGUGCAAGAGCUGCACAGGUCACAGAGAGAACUAAACCGCACCCUGGAGGAAAGCCCUCUGUCCCAAGACAACCUGGCCAAGCUGCAGAGAGACAGGCAGUUUGUGGCCGAGGUGAUCAUGGACGUGCUGGCCGAGCUGCAGGAGAAAAGCACCUUUCACAGUCUGCUACAGGCAGCGGAGGAGGAGAAGAAAAGAAAGGCUCGUCUGCAGGACAUAAUCAUCAGGGAAGAGGAAGGUUGCCUCAGGACUAAAGCACUACAGAGACAACUGGCCGACAUCCAAAAAGAAAAAACACAAGAGCUUCAGAGGCGUGAGGAAUGGACGGCACACUUGAAGGAUCAGUUGCAGGAGCUGAAAGAAAGGACAAGCCUGAAAAAGAAGUAUGUGAAGAGCAGCGCUGAACUGUUGGUCUACGAGGGACGGAAACUUUACACUCAGAAGGAAAACGAGAUGGAGGACGAGAUAAGAUUGUUAAAGGAGAAGCUGGAUGAAGAGACGAGGGUUCACAUGGAGAUGGUUUCUUUCCUUAAAGACAAUCAAACAAGUUUGGGGGAAAAGCUGGAGUACUGGAUGGAGCGUUAUGAGAAGGAUACCGAGGACAAGCAGCAAGAACUUAAUACUUUAAAAAUCAACAAGACCAACAACCUGGCACAGUUACAGGACCUAGCUAAAAAGUACAGAGAGAGAGAGCAGGUCAUUAUUGAGGACCGACUGGAGAAAGAGAAUCUGCGCAAGCAGUUGGAGAAAGAUCUGCUGGAGAGGGAUGCAGCAACCAAGAUUCAGUCAUGGUGGAGGGGAAGUCUGGUUAGGAAAGGCCUUGGUGCCUACAAGAAGAGCAAGAAACCCAAAACUAAAGAGGGCAAAAAAGGAAAAGCAAAAGGAAAGAAGAAGUGAUGUGUAUUCUUAAAGCAAGUUAUUGUGGCUGUAAAGGAUUUCUCAAUGGAGCAAAAAAAAAACAAAAAACAAAAACAAACAAAAAAAAAAACUAAUAAAUAAAUAAAAAUCGCAACAUGGCCGAAAUGGGAACUUUAUUAAUCCAUUUUAUAAUAAAUCCAAAUGUCCAUACCAGAAAAUACUUUAAUAUUUACCUAACUUAAUAACAUGACAAACCUUUUCAUGGGGAAAAAAAUGCUUCUUUAAAAAAAAAAAAAAAAAAAAAA